AUGAUUUCAACAAUCGGCACAACAACAAUUCAAACAACAGCACCAAACUCGUUAGUCAUGAAUCCAACAUCUAUGUUAGUAGAAAUGAAAAGCUUCAUUCCUUCUUCAUAUACUUUUGAAACAGAAAUCCAGAAGAUAAAGCAAGAACUUUUAACAAGUAAUUUAGACUGUAGUGCGAAAGAUGAAACAAAUGAACAGUAUCUUUAUGAAAUGGAGGACCUCAUCGACCAUUUGCCUAAACUACCUGAAAUUCAGCAGCAAAAACUAACUAUUCCUGAAUUCGACGAAAUUGAAGUCAAAGCAACUGACUCAGUAGAAAUAAAGAAGUUCAUACGAAAGGUAAAUUAUGAAUUCCUUGGUUUUCAUUGA